AUGAAAUCCCGAGAAGCUGAGUUUUGCAAAGCCGGGUCCGGAGCAGCCUGGGUGGAAGAGAGGCAGCGGCGCCAAUGUAUUCAACCGUCCCGGGUUCGGGAGGCCAUCAAGCCCGGGAAGUACGGCUACGGGAAGGUGCCGUUCGCAUUGCCCCUCCAUAAAGAUCCGGCCGAGGAGGCUGCCGGUCGCUCGAAGCGGCACCAAGCGGAGCAUCCUGGACCUCCUCCGCCUCCUCCGCCUCCUCCUCGCCCCACCUCGAAGAAGCCCAAACGGAAACCCACUCAUGAAGAAGGGGCCAGGAGCCAGGAAAAGGACCCCACGGGUUCUGGAACACACGAGAAAGAGAAGCUUCCUCCGGUGGUCCAUGCGGCGGAAAGACACGAUUCAGGAUAUGAUUCAGGGCACGGCGGCACCGUCAACAACCGAGGUCCGGAAGACACAUCUCAACCUGUGGAAAAAGUGGACGAUUUGACAAUAUCUCGGCCUGUGGAAACGGGUACGGUCACGGCGGCACGUAGUGAGCAUGACCGUGGAAAGGCGGCCACUGUCUCCUCUGGCGAUGCCAAAGGUCCCUCUGCAGUUGGAGAAACCCACCCGGAAACAAGACCCCAAGAAGGGAAAAAGCUUCCCGAAAAGUCGAAGGGUGGCUCGGCCGCAAAAGCAGGUAUACCACCCACUUCUCGGUCGCACCAUUCUGGAGUCGGUGCCAACUCCCAAGGCCGAGUGGAGCUUCGCCUGUCGCACCGAGUACUCAAAAAUCACAAGCAGACGGCAAAAACGCCGGAGCCGUCGGCUCGUUCCAGAGGUCCGCAGUCGCCCUCGGGGCAACCUCGAACUCGGGCGCAUCGGCAGAACGAGCCUCGGACGGGAGGAAGCGGCAGCUACGGGUCGUGGUCCACCCACAGCCUCUUCGUGGACCGUCCUGUGGCACCUCCGCGGGGUACGGAGCCCGACAUUUGGCUCCUGCACCGCGAGAACCCCGUGCAAUUCCACGCCCGAGGUCAAGGGCCGCCCCAGGCGGGGCCCGAAGUGCCGCAAUGGAAUCUGUAUUAUCCUGGGACGGAGACUUUCCGCUGCGAAGGAGAAAGCAAGCAAUACAAAGCCUGCAGCCAAGAGAUUCCCUGCAGCGCCUGCUCGGAAAAAGAGAGGGAAGGGGAUGAGUGUUGCGCAUGCGCGCUUCGCUUCCAGAGAUUCCCUUUUGGCGCCCUCUUCAGGACAACUUCGGUAUCGGAAAAAGAGGAAAGGGAGAGGGGGGAUCCCGUUCCGGAGCCCAAACCCCUUUGUCGAGUUGUGACACGUGGGAACGGUCCGCAACGUCGGUUCGGGAUCAUGAAUCGGCGGGUUCGGGUUUCGAAGCUACCGGUUGGGUUGCACCUGGUGCCGCUCCAAAGCGUGUGCGCAGGAAGCGCAACAGAUCACCUUGUAGUAGGGAUAGACGCACAGCCGGGCUUGCAUGAUCACCGGGCAGUUUUGGAUGAUGUCCUUGCAGUUCUCGUCUGGGGAGGAAACGGGGAGGAAGAGGAAGGCGGUGUUGUACCACCGGGCUUCGCACUCGGUGCCGUGGCACGGCUGGAGGGAAGCCGGCUUCUCCAGGUGGGCACACUCCGAAGCCUCCGUCACGUUGUAAUCCGCCCCCAGUUUGCUGAGGCACACCACGUCGCGCCGUUGCGUGCCGGUGCCGCAGUCCGAAGAGCACUGAGAAGAGUGGGAAACAAUGCUUGGAGGAAGGAAACAACGAGCCAACGGCGUGACGCAGCAGUGACAAAGGCCAAUGCCAAGCUAGGCUAUUCCGAUCCGCGGUCGCGCCUACUCACCGGGCUCCAGGGUCCCGUGUACCAAAGGUUCACCCUCCGGCAGGGCCCCCCGUUGCAGGCACGCAUGUCGGCCGGCUUGGUGCCGGCACAGUUCUCCUGGGACUCUCCACUGGCGUCGCUGGACAGGCAGACCACCGAGCGCCGCUGGAUGCCGAACCAGGUGCGGACGCAGGGCCCCAUGUCGCAUGCCUCGCUGGUCUUGGGCCGGUGGCGGAUGGGGCAGUCGCUCUCCUUCAAGAAGGCCCCGUCAUUGCCGACACAGCGCACACGGCUGAACGCGCUUUCUCCGCGCGAGGCUGAACGCGCUUUCUCCGCAUUACACCGGUGUGCUCACCUGGUAGUAGAUGUGGAAGUUCCUCUCUCCGGAGUUCUGGCUCACGACCCUGGAUUUCUCCAGCAGGAAGUUGGAGAUCUUCCCUCCGUCGGGUUCCCCGCCUCGACUGAAUUGGAUCUCGAACGGAUCCAGGUCAAAGAGAUGGGUGUUAGCCCCAACUAUCUUGCCCUUCGGAGCCAUAAUGGCAAAUCCAUCAUCAAUGGAAACUGGGCAGUGAACCCGCCGGGCAGCUAUGAGGCGGCCGGCACUGUUUUUGUCUACAGCAGACCUGGGAACGACAAGCAGGAGGGCGAAUCUCUGACAGCCGAUGGUCCCACUACAGAGCCUAUAGAUGUGUAUGUGAGUACGCAAUUGUGGAGGGAGGGGGAAAUAGGGAAGUCGGCGUUCCUCUGUUUUUGGCAGUCGGUGUACAGCUGCGUCUCUCGGGUUUCCCAGGAAGAAGUGGAAGAUGACAAAUGCCACCUUAUUCCCAAACCUAUUGUGGCCGAAGAGGUUUGCAACACGGAGCCUUGCCCAGCCUACUGGGACGUGGGCGAGUGGUCAGCGUGCAGCAAAUCCUGUGGCGUGGGCACGCAGCACCGCCAGGUCCUCUGCCGGCAGACCUAUGCCAACCGCAGCACCAUGGUCCACCCCCAGCGCUGCGGUCAGCUGGAGAAGCCCAACGCCACCCAGACAUGCCAAGUGCAGGUCUGCAGCCACUGGGAAAUCCACACCAACUGGAGCUCGUGCUCCGUCCUUUGUGGGAUGGGACACCGGACGCGCCGUGUGCGCUGUGUCGGCAAUGACGGGGCCUUCUUGAAGGAGAGCGACUGCCCCAUCCGCCACCGGCCCAAGACCAGCGAGGCAUGCGACAUGGGGCCCUGCGUCCGCACCUGGUUCUACAGCGAGUGGAGCAACGCGUGUUCGGCCGAAUGUGGGACCGGCAUCCAGCGGCGCUCGGUGGUCUGCCUGUCCAGCGACGCCAGUGGAGAGUCCCAGGAGAACUGUGCCGGCACCAAGCCGGCCGACAUGCGUGCCUGCAACGGGGGGCCCUGCCGGAGGGUGAACCUUUGGUACACGGGACCCUGGAGCCCGUGCUCUUCGGACUGCGGCACCGGCACGCAACGGCGCGACGUGGUGUGCCUCAGCAAACUGGGGGCGGAUUACAACGUGACGGAGGCUUCGGAGUGUGCCCACCUGGAGAAGCCGGCUUCCCUCCAGCCGUGCCACGGCACCGAGUGCGAAGCCCGGUGGUACAACACCGCCUGGAGCGCCUGCUCCCAGUCCUGCAUGGGCGGCGUCCAGGUGAGGGAAGUCCAGUGCCUGACCCCAAACCGGACCCUGAGCCGCCUCUGCCCGCCGGACCUCAAGCCGGCCACCAAGCGACCCUGCAACGCCCAGCCCUGCCUCCCCGAGAUUGACGAGAACUGCAAGGACAUCAUCCAAAACUGCCCGGUGAUCAUGCAAGCCCGGCUGUGCGUCUAUCCCUACUACAAGGUGAUCUGUUGCGCUUCCUGCGCACACGCUUUGGAGCGGCACCAGGUGCAACCCAACCGGUAGCUUCGAAACCCGAACCCGCCGAUUCAUGAUCCCGAACCGACGUUGCGGACCGUUCCCACGUGUCACAACUCGACAAAGGGGUUUGGGCUCCGGAACGGGAUCCCCUUCAUCGGAGGGGAGGAAACAACCCCGUAAAGCAUGGACUUUCCAUCGGGGAGCAUCACCUCCGCAUGAAGGAACUCACAACCCCAACAGUCCUUUCCCAGAGAGGGCGAUGCGCAUGCAGAGUGAUCGCGUGGACGAUCGGGACCCGAAAAGGGUUCUGCUUUGCGACACUUCGUUGCCAUGUUCUGCAACCCCAUUAGAGUCAAUUGUGCCGUUUUUGGGGACUAUGUGACACUACGCAUCGCGGAGGUCCAUGCCAUCUCCGUAUAUUUUGAAUUCGAGACGCCAGGACCUUGAAUGCACUGUGUUCCAAAGUAAUGGCGUAUAUGUAUGUGUAUAUAUGCAUAUGUAUGAACCAGGAUCCCUUUUUGGUGUGUUUACAAAUGGGUGUUAAAAGCAACAGAGGAGCGCGGCCCAGUAAAAUAAGUUGGCAACCAAGGAAUAGGCUAUCUCUACACAUAUAGGAAGUAUAUUUUUGUAUGACGACUGUAUUUUCUCCCGGAAGUCACAGGUAAUUUGUAAUGAUUUCUUCAUCAGGGUUGCCAACUUUUUUCUCCACCUCGGCUCCUGUGCUCUUAACAAUCUGCCCCGAACAGUUAUGAGUUAUGAAUUUCUGACUUUAAAUGCACAGGAUAAGAAAAACAAAGCUUGGGAAAGGUAUCUUGAUUUUUCAAAGCCAUCAGGGUUGCCAACUUUUUUCUCGCCAUGGCUCCUGUGCUCAUAACAAUCUGAAAUAUGCCGUGAACUUAUGGAAUUUCUGAUAUAAAAUGCAAAGGAAUAAUAGGAAAAAAAGGUUGGAAAAAGUAUAUUGAUUUUUAAGGACAUGUUUGAGCCAUGAAGGUUGCCAACUUUUUUCUUGCUAUGGCUCCUGUGCUCAUAACAAUCUGAAAUAUAUCCUGAAAAUACUGAAUUUCUGAUAAGAAAUGCACAAGAAUGAUAGAAAAAAAGGUUGGAAAAAUAUAUUGAUAUUUAAGGACAUGUUUACGCCAUCUGGGUUGCCAACCUUUUUCUCCCCUUGGGCUCCUGUGCUCUUAAGAAUCUGAAAUAUGCCCCAAACGGCUAUGACUUAUUGAAUUUCUGAUAUUAAAUGCACAGGAUAAUAAUAAUUUAAAAGGUUGGGAAAAGGUAUUUUGAUUUUUAAGGACAUGUUUCAGCCAUCUGGGUUGCCAACUUUUUUCUCCCCUUGGGCUCCUGUCCUCUUAACAAUCUGAAAUGUGCCCUGAACAGCUAUGACUUAUUGAAUUUCAGGUGUUAAAUGCACAGGAAUGAUAGGAAAAGGUGGCAUCCUUGGUCAUUUUAAUUGGAGUGGGUAAAAGAAGAAGGAGAAAAAAUAUCUCUGAGUGUAAAUGGCAGCACUGGUUGAAUUUUUCGAACUGUUCUUAAAGGUACAGCUGCCUAUUCAGAGCAAUUUUUGAAACAGAUUUUAUAUAUAUAUAUUUUCAAAAGGCUUUUACGGAAAUUGUUUCAGCAUCCUCCGAUUAUAUCAAAGUACAAAUAAGAGUCUAUAUGCGCUAUAUUAAAAAAAGAAAAAAGCUCUAUGAUAAAGUUGAAUGUAUCACCAGGUUGGUUUUGUUGCCCCGAACCCACAUUUGCUUUCGGUCCAAAUCUAAUUUAUUUUUUAUUAAAGAUUAUAAUUAUUAUUA